AUGAAGUCUACUAUCAUCCUUGCCCUGGCUAGUAUUGCCAUCACGGCUCCUACCCGCACUAUCGAGAACCGCCAGCUGCCCAGUUUCGGCUCUAGCAGUACGACUGGCAGUGGAUUGGAUGCCCCGAAAGCGUUCAUCCCAGGACGUUCCGACAGAUCGUCAGGUAGUGGGCUCAGUAUACCCGGUUUGGGCUCGGGUACUUCAAUCGAGAACGGCGUGACCGAGAGCGACAGCUGCAAGGAUUUCACAUUCAUCUUUGCACGCGGAACUACCGAGAUUGGUAAUAUGGGAACCGUCGUUGGACCUCUAGUCGCCACACAGUUGGAGUCCCUGACAGGUUCCGAGGUCACCGUGCAGGGUGUGACAUAUGCGGCGGAUGUAGUGGGCAACGGACUCAUGGGCGCAAGCGGCGGCCCCGUGAUGGUCAAGCUCGUUGAGCAGGCUCUUAGCCAGUGCCCGAAGACUAAGAUCUUGUUGGGGGGAUACUCCCAGGGUGCAAUGGUUGUCCACAACGCUGCCAGAAGCCUCACUACUGACCAGGUUGCCGCUGCGGUCCUUUUCGGCGAUCCACUCAAGGCACAGUCUGUUGGUAAGCUUGCAAGUGAUAAGGUCAAGGAGUUCUGUCACCUUGGAGACCCGAUCUGCCUGAACGGAGGAAAUGCCAUGGCGCAUAUUACAUAUGGAAUUGAUGCCGAGGCGGCUGCGCGGUUUUUGGUUGAAGCUGCUAGAAUUUCCAAUUCUUCAUAG